CGCAAUUGACUUGCCGCCAUGUUUCAUGGAUCACAACAUUGGAGGAAAAAAGAAAUCUUUAUGCGUGUAUUGGGAACAAUGAUGUAUAGGUAACACUUUGAAGGAAUUCCAUUAACUCCUGUGAUUUCAUCAUUUUAAGAAAAAUGGCGUGUUUGGCUAAUUUGAAACAAGACAUUAAAUUCCUGGAAAGUGUUUUUCCUAAAGACCACAAAGUUUUCCAGAUUUUGUCAGCCUCGGUUGAUGAAUUAACGUGUCGAUUUAUCAACAGAGAAGGUCGAAAAUAUGAUGUUCACGCAAAUAUAAUGGAGACGUACCCUCAGUCAGCUCCUAUCUGGUUCAGUGAGGACGAUGAUACCAUUGUGAGCAAUGUUAUAUCUAGUUUAAGUGAUGCCCCACCAGAUAAAAAUAAUAUUCUUCAUCAAAUUCGUAUUUUGGUGUCGGAACUGUGUGAACUGUUUGAUAUGUCUGCCUCAGAUUCCAUAAGUCAACUUGACAAGUUCCUACGAGAUAGAGGUCUGAUGAUGGAGGUGAAUGAGGAGAGUUCUGAUGAGGAAGAAGAAGAAGAUGAGGACCAUUAUGACAUGGAGGAAGAUGUUCCAUCGAGUGAACAGAAAAUGAAGGAAGUGGAAGGAAUAGACACAGAACAAGUCAUGGUGCUAGAGAGGUUACGACAAAACCAGAGGCAGGAUUACCUUAAGGGAUCUGUAACUGGUUCAGUCCAGGCCACAGACCGGUUAAUGAAGGAACUGAGGGAUGUAUACAAAUCAGAGAGUACCAAAAUGGGUAUAUUUUCAGUUGAUCUAGUCAAUGACAGUUUAUAUGAGUGGAAUGUGAAGUUAAAAAAGUAA